UAUAAGGCCUAGCAGCAGACGAGAUGCGGUUUCAGCACCCUACGCUCCAGGUGAUAGCAGCGCACCACGUCCGAAUGUCUUCCCAAGAAUCUGAGGUUACCGCGGGCGCAGAUGUCGAGAAGAGCCAGGCGCAUGCACCCGUCGCCGGCGACGAUGGCAAGGCUUCGGACGCCUUCGAAGUCAAGCUAGAGCCGGCGGACGAUCCGAAGUUCCUGAGCCUGUGGCACAAGUGGCUCGCCGUUCUCGUAAUCUCCACGGCUACACUGUGCGUCACAUUUGAUAGCUCAAUGGCGGCGUUCACGGAGCAGGGCCUUGCAAUCGAUCUACACGCCUCGCAGGAAGUGACGAUCCUCGGCGUGAGCCUGUACGUGCUCGGGCUGGGCAUCGGCCCCCUGUUCGUCGGUCCGCUUUCAGAGCUCUACGGGCGGAACGUCAUCUAUCAAGUGUCGUAUUGGCUCUUCUUUGCGUUCACAUGGCCGACUGCCUUCCCUCCAGACAUCGCGACCUUCCUCGUUUUCCGUUUCAUCACCGGCCUGUGCAGUUCCGCAUUCUUUAGUGUGGCAGGAGGGAGUGUUAGUGACCUCUUCGAUAACCGUAAUGUCGGAACACCCAUGGCGGUGUACACGUUGUCGCAGUUUGUCGGUCCGGUGUUAGGUCCUGUUAUGGCGGGGUACCUGCGACAGAACGCAGACUGGAGGUGGUGCUACCGGGUGCUCCUCAUCUGGCAAUUCGUACUGUGUAUUCUGCUCACCUUCUGUGUUCCGGAGACGUACGCCCCGGUUAUCGUGAAACGCAAGGCCCAAAAACUCCGCAAGACCACCGGAGAUAACAGAUACUAUGCGCCGCUGGAACGUUCAGAAGAUAGCCUGGCCCGCAUGAUCUUGUUCAGCUGUUCAACGCCUUUCAAGCUCCUCAUGUUCGACCGCAUGGCUCUCGCGUUGGACGUCUGGUCCGCGCUCCUGCUCGGAAUCCUAUACCUCGCCUUCCAGGCCUUCCCUAUCAUCUUCCAGGAGAUCCACGGGUUCAACAUCCAGUCGACCGGGCUUGCCUUCAUCGGCAUCGGCGUCGGCGUCAUCGCUGGUCUGUCCACCCAGCCAUACUGGAAUAGCCGCGUGCGUCAAGAGGCCGAGAAGCACGGUGGCCACCCGCCCCCGGAAGUGCACCUCCUCAUCGCCCAGCCCGGCGGCAUUAUCGCGCCCAUCGGCCUCUUCGUCAUGGCAUUCACGACAUACCCGCGCGCGCACUGGAUAGGCCCCAUCAUCGGCUCGGGCAUCUUCGGCGCGGGCAUGUACUACAUCUACACGGGCGUGUUCACGUACCUCGUGACCGCGUACCGGCCGAUCGCAGCGUCCGCGAUGGCGGCGAACAGCGCGCUGCGCUCGUCAUUCGCGGCCGUGUUCCCGCUGUUCGCGGGGCAGAUGUACCAUCGGCUGGGCACCGUUGGGGCGACUGCCUUGCUUGCGGGGCUGACGACGCUCAUGUCGCCUUUACCAUUUAUCUUUUACAGGACUGGCGGGAAGCUCCGCGCGAACUCUCGUUUUGCUGUGGCGUGA